AUGUGCUACACGGGACAGGUUGCACAGUUGUUCAAAAACGGCGUACCCGCUGUUGUUGCAAGGCAACAUUCUGUGGCUAUUGCAGUUAUGUGUGUAGUUAGGUUGUUUCUUCUUGGUUUCUUUGAAUCCAGCGCUCUGCACGCCUGCCAUAUUAGCGUUACAAUUUUAUACAUCCUGAACAUGCUAAUGGAGAUGUUAUAUUACGAAACUAUAAAUGCUACGCUGCCAAAUGUUGUUCGCGUUGCGGUACAAGUGGUGACAGCCGCAGGAUUUGCAAUGGCUCAGCGCUGGCUGUGUGCAAUCCCUCAAGCAGAACCAGUGCGCAGAAAGGGGCGACUUUUUGCAAAACACUAUAUGGAGGGUCAUCUUUUGGAUCCGCCAGAAACUGACGAAGUCAGAGAACUAAGAAAGAAACAGCUCUGA